GAUCUACAAAUACAAAGACAAAAGACAAGGUGACACUAGCAAAGCUUCGUGCUCACAGUAUUUCGGAUGGGCUUCGGGUGACAACAAUGUCAAUACAGGACUUGCCUCCUUUAGCUCAGUCAAACGUCACACAGAAGCUCUUGAAAGAGCAUGAUGUUCCUUUUUUGGACAUGCUGGCUACACCAACUCAAGGCUCAAUGAACCUUGUUCGGCACAUCGUGACUCAUGAAAGAUUGGAUUCAGGGAAAGCUGCUGGUAAUAAACACAACAGCUUUCAGUCUGUGAGUGCAGCCAGCCUCAUCAAGCAACACAAGCAGGAGAUGCAGGAGAAGAUCCACCAGCGUAGAUUACAGGCUGAGUGUGGCCUUCAAGCAGAAGGCAAGAGAGACCUCAAACCAAGACCUGAUGAAGAUAGCGGGAACACCUGCCAGUUGAAAGAGAGGCAGUUGAAAGGAAACAGGUCUGCAAAAAAUCGUCAUGCUGGUCAGUCAGCAAAUGGUUCACUUGGAAAGAAACCAAGAACUGACCACACAAAAUCUGAUGGUACUCAGAACGAUUUUGAGGUGAAACAUGUUUCAGAUUACAGCCAGCAAGAAUUCCAGAAUGAUGCCAGUCAGCAUCUACAAUCACAGGUGUGUACUAAAGCAAGUGGAAACAAGCAUGCACAAAGUGUCUCUGAAAACAGGACAGAGCAAGAUAAGGUGCACAGUAGCCAAUUUGAGAACACGUCCCCCAGUUUCAGCACCACACAUACAGCGAAGGCUCCAUCGAACAAUCAACUUCAUGGUGGGCUUCCUGUGCUUGGUAAAGGCUUUGCUCCAGGCCAGGAUAUCAGCAUUUGCUUUGAGAAACCCUCGUCGUUACUUCUUUCCUCCUCAGCUAGUGCAGCUAAGCUGAAAGCUAUUAAGACAAUCAGAUCCAGUGGUGGGAUUGACAAAGUUGACCCAAACUGCACCAAGAAGCCACCAUCACUAGUUAAAGAGAAUGUCAGGAAACGUCUUCUAGAAACUGAGGUUACAGUGUCUGAUGCAGUGGAGACAGUAUCAGGAAGCAGAGGAGAGGAACCAAAGAAGAAAAAACCUCGUCUUUUAGGUGGUGUUGAUUUAAAUUCAGAAGAAGUUCAACGUCUGCUUAAAGCUAAGUCAUCCCACAAGGGAGCAUUAUCUGAGGCUGAGGCAGAACGAGAAGAUAAAUAUUUUCAUGAGCUGCAGAAAAAGGAGGCCAUGGAAGAAAAGAUGCAAAGUAUCACUUCUCUAGAAGUGACGGUUUUUACCUGUGACCAAUGCAAGUACACAGCACUUGCUCCUGGUGAAAACUGUAAACAAGAAAAUCAUGCAGUUCGUCGACAUAAAGGAAAGAAACACUUUUUCAAGUGUAAAAGUUGCAGCCAUCGCACUGUUACACUUCAUCGCUAUCCUACCUUGCCUUGCAGCAAAUGUGGAGAUGAAAGGUUUGAAAAGACGUCAAUGUGGAAGGAAAAGUCUGGACCUAAACUAGAUUCAGAGGUGCUAUGUCUACGUGGGGAUGAAGUUAAAUUCCUGAAUUCUCUGCAUUCCAAAACGUUUGUGAAUAUAUAGCAUCUAUUGUUGCACUGUAUCUGAUAGAAAAGUGUAGUUAUGUCAGUGUUGUUGUGAUUUAAGUGAUUCAGACUUGUUGUGAAACAUUGAAGAUUGUUUCCUUUUCUACUAUAUUAUGAGUCUACCAAGUAAUUGUCCUUUGACAUCACUGGUCUGAUGCCUGCUGUUUUCAGUUUAUUAAAUUGUUCUUUUUUAACAGACUUAUCUGUGAAUCUCAUGAAAUUUUAAUGGGCUUAUUGUAUCUGAUACCAUACUAAUUUAUGUUGUGCUUCGAGUGGAAGUUGAGAGAGCUUGAUUUAGUUUAGGAAGGAGUCAGAUAACAGGAAGUGUUUGCAGAAUUUGUUUCUGUUCCACAAAAUGUAAAGAGGAAAUAACCAUAAAUAUUUUUAAAAUAGAAAUUAAGAAAUACCUCAUCAUGUAAAACAAAAAUUGAGUUUGAAAUAAUUAACAAUACAAUGGAGGAAUACUUUACACUAGUCACUUUAUGUGAACAAUUAAAUGCUUGUUACAAAAAUG